GGCUUUCAGAAAAAUAAAAUCUUGUUGAAAGAGAGAGCCAAAACAAAAGAAAUCUUGUACAGUAUUCUUACACAUUCAAGAACAGCAAGAAACAAAGGGAAAGACAUAUGAGUGUAUGCACAUAUAUAGCUAUAGAGAGAGAGAGAGAGGGAAAGCAUGCUUUGUCGGCCAUUAGUGUUUCAGUGAAGGGAAUGGCAAAUGUAUCUUUGGCUGUUAUUUUCCAUUUGCAGAAACCUCUUUUGCUAAAAUAAAUAAAAAAGCUCAAAGCUUUUGUUUGGUAUUGUGCUUCUCAAGCAAUUCAUCAUUUAGUAAAAUACUAAGUAAAGCAGAUUUGAUUCAUUGCAUUGGAUUCUGGGAUUCUUUGAUGCUCUGAAAUCUCUUGUGAAUUUGAAUUUUCCCACCAUUCUUGGAAAAGGAGUUUGAAUUUCUGUAAAGUUCGUUUUUUUAUGGUUUUAGAUGAGUUUUGUUUUGUGUUCUUCCCAAGGCAUUACUUGAGCUGUGGUGGAAGCUUUCAUGGAACUUAAGGCUGCCAAUCAUCUUCAUCUGAAUGCAACUUUCUCAAUAGCUUUUGAGAAACCCUUUUUUAUGUGAGUUGCUAUCUGAUUAUGAUGGGUAGAAGUUAGGGCUUCUAUAUUUCAAAUUUGGGGAAAUACUUGUAGUCGAAGAGAAUCAAGAAAGGACUUUUCUUGUUGUGCCUAGAAGAGAUGUUCAAUUCAAGAAGAGGCCUUUUGUGGGGAUUCAUAACUAUUUCAAUGGUCUUAUUGAUACUGGUUUUGCCUUCAAAUGCUUUGAGUGAGGAUGGAAUCAGCCUCCUAGAAUUGAAGAAAAGCAUCAUUGAUCCCUUCAAUUUCCUCCAAAGUUGGAAUCCGAAUGAUCAAACCCCCUGUAGUUGGCAUGGUGUGAAUUGCACAAUGGAUUCCAGUCCGGUCGUUUGGUCUCUCGAUCUCAGUUACCGGAAUCUCUCCGGGACUCUGAGCUCUUGGAUUGGCAACUUGGUUUAUCUCACUGUUCUUGAUCUCUCCUUCAAUGGAUUCAGGGGCAGGAUACCUAAAGAGAUUGCAAACUGCUCCACUUUAGAAGUCCUCAACUUGAACAAUAAUCAGCUCGAUGGCGAAAUCCCACCUGAGUUAGGCAGUUUAUCCCAUUUGGUAUACCUGAAUUUGUGCAAUAACAUGUUAUCUGGUCCUAUUCCAGAUGAGUUUGGCAAACUAACCUCCCUUGUACAGUUUGUUGCCUACACGAACAACCUCACCGGCCCUGUGCCUCGCUCCUUUGGCAAUCUCAAGAACCUGAGAGUGUUUCGUGCAGGGCAGAACGUGUUAUCUGAGAACUUGCCUGCUGAGAUAGGGUACUGUGAGAGUCUAAUAGUUCUUGGUCUUGCACAGAACCAAAUCGGAGGCGAGCUGCCUAAAGAGCUUGGGUUGCUGCAGAAGCUCACUGAUCUCAUUCUAUGGGAUAAUCAGUUCACAGGGCCGAUCCCGAAGGAGCUUGGGAACUGCACGAGCCUUGAGACGCUUGCCUUGUACCAGAACAUGCUCGGGGGAGAGAUUCCUCCCGAGCUUGGCAACAUCAAGUAUCUUACCAGAUUGUAUCUAUACAGAAACAGUUUGAAUGGAAGUAUUCCAAGGGAGAUUGGGAACCUCAGUUUUGGCUUAGAAAUUGAUUUCUCUGAGAAUUUUCUCUCUGGUGAGAUUCCAGUAGAGUUAACUAAGAUAAAGAGUCUGUAUUUGCUCUACUUGUUUCAAAAUGGGCUCACGGGCGUGAUCCCGCCCGAGCUCAGCACGUUGAGGAAUCUCACGAAGCUGGACUUGUCGAUCAACAAUCUUACCGGCCCUAUACCAUAUGGCUUCCAGUACCUGCCUCGGAUGAGCCAGCUGCAGCUCUUUGAUAACAACUUGAGUGGCACCAUACCUCCGCGUCUUGGCCUUUAUAGCCGGCUUUGGGUGGUUGAUUUCUCGGAUAAUCACCUCACUGGUAGAAUCCCGCCUCACAUUUGCCAGCAUUCAAAUCUGAUACUGCUCAACUUUGAGGCCAAUGACUUGUAUGGGAACAUUCCAUCCGGUGUCAUCAACUGUACCUCGUUGGUGCAGCUUCGUGUCAGUGGGAACAGGCUGUCCGGGAGCUUCCCUUCUGAUAUAUGCAGAUUAACGAACCUCUCUGCUGUUGAUCUUGCUCAAAAUAAGUUCAGCGGGCCUAUCCCUCAAGGGAUAGGCAGCUGCCAGAAACUGCAGAGGCUCGACCUCUCGGGCAAUUACUUCAGUGUUGAUCUGCCUAAUGAGAUAGGCAAUCUUUCCCAGCUUGCAGUGUUCAAUGUCUCGUCCAACUUCUUCACCGGACAGAUGCCACGAGAGAUCCUCAAAUGCAAGGCUCUGCUGAAGCUUGAUCUCAGUGGGAACAACUUCAUUGGCACCAUACCAAGAGAGCUGGGGAUGCUCUCUCAGCUCGAACGCCUCAUCUUAUCCGAGAAUAUGUUUUCAGGAAGCAUUCCGGCCGAACUAGGGAACCUCUCUCACUUGACUGAGCUGCAAAUGGGUGGAAAUUUCCUCUCUGGUAGCAUACCUAAUGAGUUAGGCAACCUUGCUAGCUUGCAGAUCGCGAUGAAUCUGAGUUACAACAACUUGUCCGGGCCAAUCCCGCCCGAGCUUGGGAAUCUCAUCUUGUUGGAGUAUUUACUACUCAACAACAAUGGCUUGAGCGGUGAGAUCCCAAGCACGUUCGCGAAUCUCUCUAGCCUGCUUGGAUGCAACUUCUCGAACAAUGAUCUGUCCGGGCCGUUGCCAUCCGUGCAGGUGUUUCAGAACAUGAGUGUCUCUAGCUUUGCUGGAAACAGAGGACUCUGUGGAGGGCCUCUCGGAAAUUGCACUGGUUCGACUCCUAACGACAUAAAUCCUCCUCCUGUGGGAAGCAUGGAUGCUCCUCGAGGGAAGAUCAUCACCAUCGUUGCUGCUGUGAUAGGUGGAGUCUCGCUUGUUCUGAUUGCAGCUAUUUUAUACGCGAUGAGGUUCCAUCCCGUUGAUAAGGCCCUGUCUUCUCAGGAUAAGGAUGUGCAAUCCGUGGAAUCAGAUAUAUACUUCUCUCCCAAGGAAGGGUUCACGUUCCAGGACCUGGUCGAGGCCACCAACAGCUUCCACGAGACGUUUGUGAUCGGAAGGGGGGCAGUUGGGACGGUUUACAAGGCGGUCCUGCACUCUGCUCAGGUGAUUGCAGUGAAGAAGCUGGCCUCGAAUAGAGAGGGGAACAACAUUGAGAACAGCUUCCGUGCUGAGAUUUCGACGCUUGGGAAGAUUAGGCAUCGGAAUAUUGUGAAGCUGUAUGGCUUCUGCUAUUACCAGGGCUCCAAUCUGCUUCUCUACGAGUACAUGGCGAGAGGCAGCUUAGGCGAACUGCUUCACGGGUCGUUUUGCCACCUGGACUGGCAAACAAGGUUCACGAUCGCUCUAGGGGCUGGCGAGGGCCUGGCUUACUUGCAUCACGAUUGCAGGCCUCGGAUCAUCCACCGCGACAUCAAGUCGAAUAACAUACUUCUUGAUGAAAAGUUUGAGGCCCAUGUUGGGGAUUUCGGCCUGGCCAAAGUUAUCGACAUGCCUCAGUCCAAGUCAAUGUCCGCGGUUGCUGGAUCGUACGGCUACAUAGCCCCCGAAUACGCGUACACUAUGAAGGUUACGGAGAAAUGUGAUAUAUACAGCUACGGAGUUGUUCUCCUAGAGCUGCUGACGGGUAAAACUCCCGUGCAGCCCCUCGAGGAAGGGGGCGAUCUAGUGUCGUGGGUGCGGAGUUACAUUCGAAGCCAUUCUCUGUCACCCGAGAUACUAGAUCCUCGUCUGGAUCUCAAAGACGCGAUCACUGUGAACCACAUGAUCACUGUGCUGAAAAUCGCGCUUCUCUGCACGAGCAUGUCCCCGUUUGACCGCCCAUCGAUGAGGGAGGUCGUGAUCAUGCUGAUCGGGUCAAACGAGCGAGACGGGCACGCUGCAGCUUCGUCUCCGGAUUACACUACUUCUCCGGAGGAGAACGCCUCGUGAGUGUCACUAUUUUUCUCCCUAAUCUAAUGAAGUUUUUACAGAAAGAGUCUUUUUUUUCUACUGAGAUUUAACUUACUACUUUGUAUCAUAGAAAUUAAUGUAAAUUUUCGAUUGAAGGAAUUAGUGGUAGCAAAGUAGUCCCCUGGUAGUAAGUAUACACUUUUGAUUCAUCUGCUGCUGCAGAAUUAGUUGUGUAUAUUCUGCUUAUUUGAUUGGAUAAA